GUCAUAGCUAGCACACAAACAUGGCUUAGCUUGCUAUUACUUGAGAAUUGCUACCAGAUGGUUUACGCUCGGACAGCGACUUUGGUCAAAAAAUUGAAAGCUUAUAUGGAGCUUGCAGUAAAGCCCACAAUGAGAAACGAAGAUCAUUGCCCAAAGUGGCCUUAUCGCGCAUAUCGCCAAGUCCAGACCGUUUUGCUCAUUGCAAAAUCAUGAUAUCAGAAUGGUUCGAUCUGAAUUUAUGCAUGUUUGAAGCCACGGGUUUGCCAAACAUGGAUAUCUCUUGCAAUGUUCCUACGGCUCUUUAGAGUAUAAUCGUCAUUGAAAAAAAUAACGAAUAGCAUUGAUACAUGGCGAGCUCAUUAAAACCGAGCAAAAAGUAAAAAGCAAUGUCCUCAGUGAGGCUCGAACUCACGACCUUCAGAUGGCCCAAACUGAUGCUUGGAUCAUAUUGAUUUUAAUAUGAGACUGACGCGCUAGCCAACUGCGCCAUGAAGACCUUGUUGAAGACCCGACGUCGCUAAACCUGACCAGAAGCCUCAACUCUGACGGCAGCUCUCGAACCUUGCUGGAUUGUUUCUCAAUCAGAGGUAAUACUGACCCAUUGUAUGUAGAGUGAAACCAAGAUAGCGUGUGGCCUCUGCUUGGUACCACACAGUUGAAGAUUGGUGGCUUUGGGUUUCCCGAGCUGCAAUCGGAUAUAGCCAAUGUCUUGAUCCAGACUCAGCAUAACCAACUAUGCUUGCCGCUAUAUUUCUCCAAUACAACUAUAUACAAAAAGUAGAAGAUGAUGGCAAUCAUAGUAAAAGCUAAAGCAUUACCCAUACGCUACGCCAUAAAACCAAGGAUCAAUAAUAAGAAACAUUACAUUAUGCGAGUCCCAUAGAAUCCAAACCUUCAUUUCGCUCCUCUACCAGCCAAUGAAGAAACUUUUGCCAUCUGAGCAUUCCUUGCUUGAUCCCAUGCCCUCCCAGAUCCACCAGAUCGAGCCUCUCGCUCAGCCCGUUUCUCCUCUUUCAGAGUCCGAGCCUUCUCCCGCGGAUCAAUGACGACCAGCUCCUCUUCAGCCUUCCUACGGUUGCUGAGGUCCUUGCCGAGCUUGUCGGCCGCAAACGAAAGUGCGUGUGACAUCCAGCCUUCGUCGUCACUAUCCUCCUUGCCCUGUUUGUCCCACGACGUGCAGCUUUGACAAUUUGCAAUAAAGUGCAAAUCACAUAGUUCUGCUUCUUCAUCCGGCAAGGGCAGAUCCACCUCGCCCUCCUCAUGACUGACGGGCGCUUCUGCAGGCAUCUCUUUUGAUGGCGGGGCCUUUUCAAGC